AUGGACAAAAUACUUGUCAACGUUUACACAGCUAGGUCUCGAUUACACUACCCUGUACAAAAACCGAUAGCUGUAAUGAUUAAGCAAACGAACUCGACUACCAGGACACCAUUGCCCAUGGCGACACGACAUAAAACAGUGGAAAAGAAUGGAAGAAUCACUAAAGAGCAUUUCCUUCAGAAAAUGGAGCAGACAAAAAUAAAUUCGAUUGUAAUGUCUGGGAAUAACCCGUCACCCAACUUCGAAAUCGAUGAAUUAGAUGUACAGACAAGGAGAUUUGAUGUCAUGCGCAACAAAACGCUAGAGACAGACAACACUUUGAGAGAACAUUACUUCGACAAAGAAUACGGUCCAGUUGCGUACAAGCACAAAUGGAAAACCGUCCGUUUGAUGGAACAGUUCAUCUACGAGACAAGGUACAAGCUGCCUUUCGUCCAACUCCUCAGGAAGAAGUACAUCCUGCAGCCAAGGUAUAGAAUAGGUUUUUGCUUCGCUCUACUAAAUUAUUUGAGGCAACAGCAGAUAUUAUUAUAUGCAGCGUUGAAGAGAAACAUGAAUGCUUGGAUUAAUCUUUCUGCGCAUUUGAAGGUUUAUGAAAAGAUUAUAAGAUUAGAUGUGGAUAUCCGUGAUUUGAUAGCGUAUAUUAAGAAGAUUAAUUGGGAUAGAAUGCAAAAGGAGGAACCGUACUAUUUUGAUAGCGUCAAGGACUUACAACAGUAA